UACAAUGGAUUUGUUUCUUCAUCUUUCGUCACAAGCUUUGAAACUCCCGAAGUUUUAACAGAGAUAGCUGUUUGGAAGGAUGAUGAGCUGAUAGCUAUUGAUUGUUUGAGAAAUCAUCAUCAAGUCAAUACCACUGGACCCAUUCAUCAACUUUUUGUUGGAAAGUAGACGUGGUAUAGGUACAACUAAGACCCUGCGGAAAAUAGGUUGAAUGGCAGUACAAAUGGAACGGUGAAUAUCGCUCCCCUGUAAUAUACGUUAAAAGAAAGUAGAGAAUUUGGAGAAGACUCAUUUCAAAGUUACAUAUAUUCGGCAUCCACAAUACUAAACGAAGUAACGAACCAUCCAUCUUAGAAAAAAAAUUAUCUUCUGCUCUCUACUGUCUCAUCAUCUUCAUAUCUUCGAUUAGUCAGGCAUGGGGAAUUAAAGAUGACCUAAGAAAGAUUGGGAGAACUUUGGAGUCAAUACAAGCUUUAAUUUCUGAUGCUGAGGAGAAACAAAUAACUGAUGCUACUGUCAGACUUUGGUUGAGAAGGCUCAAAGACGUUGUUUAUGAUGCCGAUGAUGUUAUGGAUGAAUUCUGUUAUGAAACCAUGCGUCGUUGCGAAAGAGGAAGUCAGCUCAAGCACAAGGUACGCGACUUUAUUAGUAAAUCCUCCAAUCCACUUGUCUUUCACUUUAAGAUGGCUGGUAAACUCCGAGACAUAAAAAAAAAAUUAGAUGAGAUUUACAAUGAUUCAGUCAGAUAUACAUUGAAUGCUACCAGUGGUGCUUCUCGAGUCGAUCAAACUAAAGUGCAAUGUAACCGUCUAACUACAUCUGUUGUAGAUGAUUCUGUACUUAUAGGUAUGGAGGAUGCAAGAUCAGACAUAGUAAACAUGCUGACUAACAAAACUUUAACUUCAGUGUCACCAUCAUCAUCAUCAUCACACAAUUCUUCACAUCAAGAGAAACUGUCGGUCGUGUCCAUUGUGGGUAUGGGGGGUCUGGGUAAGACUUCAUUAGCGCAGUUGGUAUACAGAGACGAGUCAAUAAAAACACACUUUGAUAAAAAGAUGUGCAUCUGGGUCUGUGUAUCCGACAAGUUAGAUGUCUAUAGAAUCUUAAAAGAAAUUAUUGAGUCCAUUACUGAUUGUUCAUGUGGGGAUCUAUCAAAUGUUGACGUGCUGGCGAGACAAGUUAAGGAAAAAUUGAUUGGUAAGAAAUACUUGUUAGUGCUGGAUGAUCUAUGGAACGAAGACGCCGCAGAUUGGGAAAAACUAAAGGGAGUCCUUGUCAAUGGUGUUGAAGGAAGCAGAUUUUUAGUCACCACACGCAGCCAAAAAGUUGCAUCUGUUAUUGGGGGUAAGGUCCAUAAUUUACAAAAAUUAACAGAUGAUGUUUGUUGGUCUAUUAUCCAAAACAAAAAUUUAUAUCCAGGUGGAUCUGUUCUUACUCAAAAUAUGAUAGAUAUUGCACGGGACGUAGCGAAGAAAUGCGAUGGCUUACCACUUGCGGCCAACUUUCUUGGAAGUUUAUUAUACUUGAAAAGAGAAGAAAGCUAUUGGGUUUCAAUCAAUGAUGAUAAGAAUUUGUGGGUUCAACCAGAAAACAAAAGAGUCAUACCAAUUUUGAAAUUGAGCUAUGAUAACUUAGCUUCACCUUUGAAACUCUGUUUUUCUAACUGCUGUUUAUUUCCCAAAGACUGGGAAAUUGAAAGAGAGAUAUUGAUUCGUGUGUGGAUGGCGGAGGGAUUCCUUCAGUCAUCCACUGAGGUAAAUAGCAGAUCCUUUGAAGAUAUUGGAAAUGAUUAUUUUGAGUUUUUGUUGUGGAACUCAUUCUUUCAGAAUACAUGGCAAGAUGAACUUGGUGUCAUUCGCACUUGCAGGAUGCAUGAUCUUGUGCAUGAUCUUGCGAUGAGUGUUGUAGAUUGUAACGAAUUUGGAAUUGGCAAGAAGGAAGAUGUUUCACAAGUUCGUCAUUUACAGCUGAUAUGUGACGGCAGUUCAUCGACAGCUGAAGUGUUGUCUAAGGCAAAGAAUUUGCGAACAGUUGUGGUGCUUCAUCCAAAUAAUUCUCCAGAAAUCGGUAGUUUUCCUUCUGCUAAGCAUCUACGCAUAUUAUAUCCGCUCGGUCUUUGGGAUCCAAAGUUCGCCUUCUCGGUUUCUAUGUUUACACAUUUGAGGUUCCUGGACCUCUCAAAUUGUGAAUUCAAUUCAUCCCGUGAUGUGUCAUUAAAUCAUUCUCACAAUUUGCAGACACUGAUACUGCGUAGUUGCUUGAAUGUUUCUUGGUUUCUUGGUGAAACUGGGCAUUUGAAAAAUUUGAGGCAUCUCGAUGUCUCAAAAUCUGAUAUCAAAGUUCUACCUGAUGAUUCUAUCGUAAACCUCACUAAUUUGCAGACAUUGGAUCUCCGCGAGUGCCGUCAGUUUGAAGCCUUACCUGAAAAUAUUGGGUUGUUCAAACAUCUAAGUUACAUUAACCUUUCAUCUUCAUCAAUUAGAAAAAUACCUGAUUCCAUCACUUGCAUUACCAAUUUAAGGACGUUGAAUUUUGCGGGUUGCAGGAACUUAGAUGCCUUACCUACAGAACUAGGAGCUUUGACACGAUUGAGGUGCCUUGAUUUUUCAGGUUCGGAGAUCAAAGUACUACCUGAAUCUUGCAUUACUAACCUCUGUAAUUUGGAGAUAGUGGAUUUUGGAAUUAGAUGUGAGCUUCCUGAAGAAAUUAAGAAUUGGCCGAAAUUAAGACAGUUUAGACACUUUAGAAAUAGUGAUGAUGAAAUCAUGACCAGGGGUAUGGAAAAGCUAACUUGCCUUGAAACAUUGAGGUCAUACAUGGCAAGGAAAGAAGCAGAUAUUCAGGUAUGUGGAUGUACUCAGAAUAAUUGUUCUAGUGGUCAUAGUGGAAUUGAAGAGUUAGCAGCGCUCAACUCCCUUCAGGUGCUGCAUAUAGAAUGCUUAGAGAAUGUGAGAGGAGGAAUAGAAGAUGCAGAGAGAGCAAAGUUGAAGGAUAAGACAAAUUUGAGAGAAUUAUGUCUUAACUGGAGCCCCGAUGAAGAUUAUGAAGAUGGUGAAGAUUGUGGAGAUGGUCAUGAAGAUAGUGAAGAUGGUGAAGAUUGUGGAGAUGGUCAUGAAGAUAGUGAAGAUGGUGAAGAUUGUGGAGAUGGUCUUGAAGAUAGUGAAGAUUGUGAAGAUGGUGAAGAUGAUGAAGAGUGUGAAGAUUGUGAUUUGGUUUUAGAGGGUCUUCAGCCUCCUCCAAAUUUGAGAAGUCUGCAUAUUUUUGGAUUCCGGGUUUCAAGCUUCCGAAAUGGAUGAGUUCAAAUUCUGAUUUCCUGCUUCUGGUGUCGUUAAAUUUAAGUAAUUUCAAGUGGUGUGAGAAGCUUCCAGCUCUAGGUAUGCUCCCAUGUCUUAGGAAUCUUGAUAUCGAUACAAUGGAGUCAGUCAAGUGUUUGGGUAGAGAAUUUUAUUACCAGCAUCAAGAAGAAGAUGAGAGUAGAAGUAGUACCCAGGAAUCUACAACUACAUCAUCAUCAUUAUUCCCUUCGUUAGUUGAAUUGAAUAUCAGUCAAAUGGAUAAUCUUGAAGAAUGGGUUGCUCCUCCAUCUUAUUUCCAUGUUGAUUCCUUCCCGUUACUUGAGAUGAUAUAUAUGCAGGAUUGUCCUCUACUGAGAAGUGCACCGAAGUCAUUUCCUUCACUUAAGACAUUGU